AUGGCACAGGACAAGUCCUGCGACGCGUAUACGGACGGCAUGGCGCAGCGUUUUAGUGGGGCCCUGCAGCAUGAGGCUAAGUAUGUUUGUAUCAUUUCAUUAUUUCAGAUAAUAGCCAAAGAAACUGCACUGCUCAUCGUCUUAUUCUACGGGACAGCUCUCGCUCAAGACGACGUGGCUCUGGCCAACGACUACGUGGACAAUGUGCUGGACAUGAUGCGCAACGACCGCGACUUGCUGGCCGCGAUCGACCCGCUCCAAGUGCCGGACUUCGGCGAGAACAGCUUCCAGAUCACGGGCGGCCAGGUGCUCGGCCUUUCCGCCUUCUACCGCUCCGGCAACAGCACCGUCCAGAUGUCGAACGACAUGGCCAUCGUGACCACGCCAGCGGCCGUCAACGACGUGUUCUUCACGGGCCGGCACCGGGCGUCGCGCUUCGGUCUUACCAUCAGCGGCGACAUCGAGGCUUCCGUGAACCGCGUGAACACGCUCAUCGUCUACCGAGCGCCCAUCAAGGGCGGAGAGGCCCGACUCGAGUACUUUCAGCUGGCAAGGUCUGAACGGUUUCGUCCGCAGGUGGACAGAAUGGACGGUCUGAAGGUGACGCGCAUCACGGGCGUGUCGUCAGCAUUCAACUGGCUGCUCAAGAUUGUAGCCAAUCGCGUGGCACGCCACUUCCAGGGACGCAUCGAGGCCGCCCUGCAGGAUGAGGUCUCCAAGUUCAUCUCCACGCAGGUGGACCGGAGCCGCUUUCCAGCGCUCUCCGGCAAUGGCAGCAGGAUUUCAGGCGAGUCCUUCGCCUAUCCCAGCGCACCUUUCUGAAGGUCACCGAGGCGCUUCGU